AUGGUUCCUGACACUGAGGACAACGUUCCUCACUCUGACGGCAUGGUAUUUCACACUGAGGACAAGAUUCCUCACACUGAGGACAAGGUUCCCCACUCUGAGAACAAAGUUCCUCACUCUGAGGACUGGCUUCCUCACUCUGAGGGCAAGGUUACUCUUUCUGACGACAAGGUUCCUCACUCUGAGGACAAGGUUCCUCACUCUGAGAACAAGGUUCCUCACUCUGAGGACAAGAUUCCUCACACUGAGGGCAAGGUUCCUCACACUGAGGACAAGGUUCCUCACUGUGAGAACUAGGUUCCUCACUCUGAGGACAAGGUUCCUCACUCUGAGGACAAGUUUCCUCACACUGAGAACAAGGUUCCUCACUCUGAGGAUAAGGUUCCUCGCUCUGGGGACAAGGUUACUCACUCUGAGGACAAAGUUCCUCACUCUGAGGGUAUGGUUCCUCACUCUGAGGACAAGGUUCCUCACUCUGAGGACAAGGUUUCUCACUCUGAAGGCAGGUUCCUAAUUCUGAGGACAAGGUUCCUGACAUUCUGAGGACAGGGUUCCUCACUGUACGGGCAAGGUGCCUCACUCUGAGGACAAGGUUGCUCACUCUGAGGACAAGGUUCCUCACUCUGAGGAGAAGGUUCCUCACUCUGACAUCAGGUUUCUCACACUGAGGACAAGGUUCCUCACUCUGAGAAAAAGGUUCUUCAAUCGGAGGACAUAGUUACUGACACUGAGGACAAGGUUCGUCACUCUGAGAACAAGGUUGCUCACUUUGAGGACAUGGUUUCUCACCCUGAGGACAAGGUUCCUCACUCUCCGGACAUGGUAUCGCACACUGAGGACAAGGUUCCUCACACUGAGAACAAGGUUCCUCACUCUGAGAACAAGGUUCCUCACUCUGAGGGAAGUUUCCUCCCUCUGAGGACAAGGUUCCUCACUCUGAGGACAAGGUUCCUCACUCUGAGAACAAGGUUCAUCACUCUGAAGGCGGGAUCCUCACACUGA